AUGCCACCAUUACUGCGCUCAAUUGUCUGUGGGGUGAAGCCAACUAGGCAGCUUCCAAGUGUACAGCGUGUCUCUUUCCAGCGGUAUCAGUCGACGUCAAGUGAUAACGCACCUGCCACAGCUGUUCUCAGUCCAAGAUGGCUCUCAGAUGUCAAGCUGCGCAUUGGAAAGUGCAUUAGUUUUGGAAUCAAUCCAGCACAAGUCGAGGAGGCCGGCUCGAUAUUGCAAGAGACAUCGGAAGAUUGUCACGUGAACAAUGUCAUGUACAAUCGAUAUGCUGAGUCUGCCCGGGUCAACUGGACACUGAAUUUUGCGGCUAGCGACCCGCAGCAUCGGGCUGAGUGGUUGGAGCUCAUGACGCCGAAAAGCAUUGGCUUGAUUCUGCGGAGCAUCAAGACUGACUACAAAUUUCCAAUGACAUGGCCAGACAGGGUCACGGUACUCCACAAACUCCGCAACAAGCCUAGUCAAGGCAGUGAUCAUUUCAUUCUCGAUGUCAUGAUUCUAUCAGAGGCACAUCGCCGUCCGGCAGCGCGUUGUAUUGAAGACAUUGUAGUUUACGACUACAAGGCGGCCAGAAAGUCACCACUACCACCUUUUAUGAUUGAAAAGUUCCAGGAAACGUUCAACUUGCAGGAGCAAGCCAAGGCAAGAAACAGUGGUAGGGUUAAGGGGCUAUUGGAUAGGGUGAGAGCAUUGGAGAAGGGCAGCUGGGAUAGACCAGAUGCUAAGGAGGACUUUGGAAGUGCGAAUGAUGCAUAA